GCGGUUCAUAAUCAAGUGAACAAAAAUAAAGAGCCAAAACAUGGUUUACUCAAGCGAUUUCUAUACAACUCGUCGACCAUAUUCAACGUAUUCAACUUCACGGCCAUAUGUGUCGUCGUAUAACGUAACGACACCUUCUCGGCACUACAUCGUCCGCGACUAUCCGGAGAGGGGCGUGAGAUCGGCUCAGGAGCAGUACAGCUACUCGUAUACCAAUAACAGUAGCAGUAACAGCACGGACCCCUACGGGAGAUCUCAACGUCAGAGCUACACAACCGAAAGCACGGUGAAGCGCGAAACAGGUCCUUAUGGCAACUACACAACUGAACGGAGCACAAGGUCAUCCAACGGUGGCCCCAGCGGAUAUCAUUCGUCUUAUGAAACAUCAACUUCUGGACGUCUGCCCGGCGGCACCACCUAUCGUCAUUUCUCCUAUCGCAUCUGAGGGAAAUCCUCAUUAUGCUUGCAUCGCUUUACUUACCCCCUUUCCUGCUCGCCACCUAAUCGUUUAACAUGCGAUGGUCUAAAUGUCAACUAAAGAAACAAUCCAACUAGUAUCAUCAAUACCGCAAGGUCCAAAAAAUAUCCUGAAUAUAUAUUUUUAUUGCUCUAGAACCAAUACUAUACUUUCCACCUUUUCACAACUGAGAGAUUAGUUAUAAAAUUUUAUUAAGUUACCAACCUCAUGUUAUUAUAUUCUGUUAUA